GGGCGGGGACUAAGGAUUGUGAGGUGGGGAAUCGGGAGUUUCUGGAUUCUUUAUCCGGUAUUUUAAGUGCCGCCGGGGAGCUGUCGUUUCUGCAGUGUUUAGGAACGGCCGCGGCGGGAGGAGAGGUGGCCGCUGUGGUACAGAGAGUAAGAAAGUUAGCCUGAGUUCUGUGCAAAACGAGAGAAGAGAAACUAAGAGGAUAGUAGACAAGGUCUUUCUGAUUUGCAUAAUUAGACUAUGAACACUCCAGGGGAGAUGACCAAAAUGGAAUUUUAAGAGGAUUAAUACCGGGUUGCAGAAAUUUUUGUGAGAGUAAAAGACUAUAUUCAGAUAGAUUUCCUUCAUGGAUACAUUUUCAUAGCAUUAUUAUGUGAUGUGAGAAGUUUUGUGUUUUUUGAAGUAACAUGGAUUUUAUACUACAGAAUCAAGAGAUUGGCUUUAUAGAAAAAAAUUGAUUUAUAAAAAGUGGUACAGGUUUUUAUAGAUAACCAUGACAACAUCCCAUAUGAAUGGGCAUGUUACUGAGGAAUCAGACAGCGAAGUAAAAAAUGUUGGUCUUGCAUCACCAGAGGAGCAUCAGAAGCACCGAGAGAUGGCUGUUGACUGCCCGGGAGAUUUGGGCACCAGGAUGAUGCCAGUUCGUCGAAGUGCACAGUUGGAGCGUAUUCGGCAACAACAGGAAGACAUGAGGCGUAGGCGAGAAGAAGAAGGAAAAAAACAAGAACUUGACCUUAAUUCUUCCAUGAGACUUAAGAAACUAGCCCAAAUUCCUCCAAAGACUGGAAUAGAUAACCCUAUAUUUGAUACAGAGGAAGGAGUUGUCUUAGAAAGUCCUCAUUAUGCUGUGAAAAUAUUAGAAGUGGAAGACUUGUUUUCUUCUCUUAAACAUAUCCAACAUACUUUGGUAGAUUCUCAGAGCCAGGAGGAUAUUUCACUGCUUUUACAACUUGUGCAAAAUAAAGAUUUCCAGAAUGCAUUUAAGAUACACAACGCUGUCACAGUACACAUGAACCGAGCCAGUCCUCCCUUUCCUCUUAUCUCCAAUGCACAAGAUCUUGCACAAGAGGUACAAACUGUUUUGAAGCCAAUCCACCAGAAGGAAGGGCAAGAAUUAACUGCUUUGCUGAAUGCUCCACAUAUUCAGGCACUUUUACUGGCCCAUGACAAGGUGGCUGAGCAGGAAAUGCAGCUCGAACCCAUUACAGAUGAGAGAGUUUAUGAAAGCAUUGGUCAGUAUGGAGGAGAAACUGUAAAAAUAGUUCGUAUAGAAAAGGCUCGAGAUAUUCCAUUGGGUGCUACAGUUCGUAAUGAAAUGGAUUCUGUCAUCAUUAGUCGGAUAGUAAAAGGAGGUGCUGCAGAGAAAAGUGGUCUGUUGCAUGAAGGAGAUGAAGUUCUCGAAAUUAAUGGUAUUGAAAUUCGGGGGAAAGAUGUCAAUGAGGUUUUUGACUUGUUGUCCGAUAUGCAUGGUACUUUGACAUUUGUUCUGAUUCCCAGUCAACAGAUCAAGCCUCCUCCUGCCAAGGAAACUGUAAUCCAUGUAAAAGCUCAUUUUGACUAUGACCCCUCAGAUGACCCUUAUGUUCCAUGUCGAGAAUUAGGUCUGUCUUUCCAAAAGGGGGAUAUACUUCAUGUAAUCAGUCAAGAAGAUCCAAAUUGGUGGCAAGCCUACAGGGAAGGGGAUGAAGAUAAUCAACCUCUAGCUGGUCUUAUUCCAGGGAAAAGCUUUCAGCAACAAAGGGAAGCCAUGAAGCAAACUAUAGAAGAAGAUAAGGAGCCAGAAAAAUCAGGAAAACUAUGGUGUGCAAAGAAGAAUAAAAAGAAGAGGAAAAAGGUUUUAUAUAAUGCCAAUAAAAAUGACGACUAUGACAAUGAAGAAAUCUUAACUUAUGAGGAAAUGUCACUUUAUCAUCAGCCAGCAAAUAGGAAAAGACCUAUCAUUUUGAUUGGUCCACAGAACUGUGGCCAGAAUGAAUUGCGUCAGAGGCUCAUGAACAAAGAAAAAGACCGCUUUGCAUCUGCAGUUCCUCAUACAACUCGGAAUAGGCGAGACCACGAAGUAGCCGGUAGAGAUUACCACUUUGUUUCACGGCAAGCAUUCGAGGCAGACAUAGCAGCUGGGAAGUUCAUUGAACAUGGUGAAUUUGAAAAAAAUUUGUAUGGAACCAGCAUAGAUUCUGUACGGCAAGUGAUCAACUCUGGGAAAAUAUGUCUCUUAAGUCUUCGUACACAGUCAUUGAAGACUCUCCGGAAUUCAGACUUGAAACCAUAUAUUAUUUUCAUUGCACCUCCUUCACAAGAAAGACUUCGGGCUUUACUGGCCAAAGAGGGCAAGAAUCCAAAGCCUGAAGAGCUGAGGGAAAUCAUUGAGAAGACAAGAGAGAUGGAGCAGAACAACGGUCACUACUUUGACACAGCAAUUGUGAAUUCAGAUCUUGAUAAAGCCUAUCAGGAACUGCUUAGGUUAAUUAACAAACUUGACACUGAACCUCAGUGGGUGCCGUCCACUUGGCUGAGGUGAAGGAAAUAUCCACCCUGUGGCCUGAUUGGACUUGAUCUGGCAAACGGCCAGCACGAAGGUAGCCCUGAUACUUCAGCAAGACUGAGGAUAAGGUGGCAGGCAACAUAAACGUUCUUAGAUCUCCAACUAGGGAGAAGAAAAUCCCCGUAGGCCAUUGUGCACAGCAGUCUUUGUUCCCUAUGGCUUUGGAUGGUCUUGCCUCAUUGGGAGAUUCUAAAUGGAAGCUUUCAACAGAAGUUCUGUUUAAUCUAUGUAAAGACCUUUUCUUUUCACCUAUCCUUUCUGCCCAGUCAUAUUUCCAUGACAAAAAUGUGCGUGUAUAUAUACACAGCAGUCCAUGUCUCACGUAGUUAUAAAUAUUGAAGUUAUUUAACAGUUAACUUAAAUAACUUCAUGGGAAUUUGUGGGGGGGAGGCACUGUACUUCUGUGCACUGGGCAAAACAGUAUUUGGUUAGAAGACUGCUUUAGUCCUCAGAAAUACUUUCCUAAAAAAAUUUUUUUUUGAAGGUGCCACUUGGGUCUGGAGCUACUGUUAGCCUUGAAUUCAUGUGUAUGUCUUUUAAUUCUUGAAAAACAUUCCGUUAGAAGCACCCAUUUUCUAGCUCCAACUUUGUGGAUUAGACUUCACUGCUCACUGAGCAGACUCUGAUCUAGUUAAACGCGCAUACAACAUAUGCUGAUCUUUUGAAAGGUAAGAUUUUCUUAGUUUUUUUCUUAAAUUGUCUCACCUGAUUUGAUAACAUUGCUUCCUUUCUCUGAGCUGCAUAGUACAAUAGACUAUGUAAGUUACAUUUUUAUGAAUGGAAGAUGUUCAUAUAAAUUGUUGAUUGUUAAAGUUUCUCAUGAUACAGAUAGUUUUUUAUAUACAUGAGAGGACAUAGCACAUUUGACAUUUUUUGCAUUUUUAUAUAGGAGCGCAGAAUUUGAUGACUGUGCUAUAUAUAGGUAAUAAACUGGAAUUCUGUAAUGAAUAUAGCUGCUGUACUAUAUACUAAUAUUUAAGACUGACAAAUGAUCAUUGAUAACACUUCUUCAACAUUGGAAUAAAAUUAUAUAUAUAUCCGAGGGAAAUACUAUGAUAAUUGACUUUUGAGGUCAAAAAGGAUGACCUGAAAGUCAUUUGAACAUUUUAGGAAAAGAAAAUGGGGGGGGGGGAGCACAUAUCGUGUUUCCCCGAAAAUA